UCCGCGAAGCUAUACACAACUCAUCAGUCGUCCGGAGUAGAAUAAAAAUAAAAAUACUAUUACUGUAUAGAGCCAACUAAUUCUCAACUGUAUCCGAAUGUGCAGUCAUAAUGAACACAAAAUACUUGCGGCCCAAGUCAAUACGUAAUUUCUUCAUACGUCUGCUGAGAAGCAAUCCGACAGAUCCCGAAACAGAGAAGCCUGAUAGAAUAGGUAAUCCAAGUAUUGAGGCUGUUGCUUCACAAGCAAGUCCAGUACCAACACCACCGCCUGAUCCCAUCAGGCCUGUGCCACAGAUACCAGAUGCUGAUGUGCCUACGGCCAAAGUAUUCAUAGCACUCUACGAUUAUGAUGCCAGAACUGAUGAAGAUUUGAGUUUUCGUAAGGGUGAGCAUCUGGAGAUACUCAAUGACACACAGGGCGACUGGUGGUUAGCCAAGAGCAAGAGAACGAGACAAGAGGGAUAUAUUCCUAGCAAUUAUGUGGCCAAGUUGAAAUCAAUCGAGGCUGAACCAUGGUACUUCAGAAAGAUCAAGCGCAUUGAGGCUGAGAAGAAACUGUUGCUGCCUGAAAAUGAUCAUGGAGCUUUCUUGAUUCGUGACUCAGAGAGCAGACACAAUGAUUAUUCGCUUUCCGUUCGCGAUGGCGACACGGUUAAACAUUACCGUAUUCGCCAGUUGGAUGAGGGUGGAUUUUUUAUCGCAAGAAGAACAACAUUCAGAAAUCUCCAGGAUCUCGUUGAGCACUACAGUAAAGAUGCCGAUGGCUUAUGCGUCAAUCUCUGCAAGCCUUGUGUACAGGUGGAGAAACCCGUGACGGAAGGCCUCAGUCACAGAACGCGAGAUCAAUGGGAGAUUGAUAGAUCAUCAUUGAAAUUUGUGAGAAAACUUGGACAGGGUCAAUUUGGUGAGGUCUGGGAGGGCCUGUGGAACAACACAACGCCAGUGGCUAUUAAAACACUCAAGCCUGGUACAAUGGAUCCCAAAGAUUUCCUCGCUGAGGCACAAAUCAUGAAGAAAUUACGGCACAGUAAACUCAUUCAACUUUACGCUGUUUGUACAAUGGAAGAGCCCAUCUACAUUAUCACCGAGUUGAUGAGAAAUGGAAGUCUGCUGGAAUUCCUCCAAGGAAAAGGCCGGGGUCUGAAGCUCCAACAAUUGAUCGACAUGUCCGCUCAAAUAGCAGCAGGAAUGGCAUACCUAGAAUCACAAAAUUAUAUCCAUCGAGACUUGGCGGCCCGUAAUGUUCUAGUUGCUGAUGGUAAUGUCGUCAAAAUUGCUGAUUUCGGUCUUGCUAGAUUGAUUAAAGAGGACGAGUAUGAAGCUAGAAUAGGCGCUCGAUUCCCCAUUAAAUGGACAGCCCCAGAGGCAGCCAACUACAGCAAAUUCAGUAUUAAAUCAGACGUAUGGUCUUUUGGUAUUCUAUUGACUGAACUUGUCACCUAUGGACGUAUUCCUUAUCCUGGUAUGACAAAUGCUGAAGUAUUGCAUCAAGUGGAGCACGGCUACAGAAUGCCGUGUCCACCAGGUUGUCCAACGGCUCUCUAUGACAUAAUGCUCGAGUGUUGGAACAAGGAUCCAAUGAAGAGGCCGACAUUCGAGACUCUCCAAUGGAAGCUCGAGGAUUUCUUUACAAUGGAGAGCUCUGAAUACAAAGAAGCAUCCGCGUACUGAGUGUUAUUCAUCACCUCGAAACCAUCAUAUUGAAAUUACAUUUUUUUCUCCCCUGAACAAAAGCAUUUGAAAAUAUAAAACAACAAAGUAGGAGAAAAAAAAUCGAUAAAUAUUCGUUGAAAUAGUGUCGUUUAUUUUUCUAACGUCGUCUUUGUUUAUUUUAUUGGUUUUAAAAAAAGAUCAUUCUGGCUGCCAUAAGUUUCAAGUGAAAAUGAUACCAUCAUUAUUUGUAUUUGAAAAAAUCACUUGCACUUGGAUAGUAUCGAAAGAGAUGGAAAUUUAACGUUGAAAAGUCAGUGUGUAUGUGUUUUAUAUUUAAACCUGAAGAGAUAGCCAACCGCCUCUUGAAACCGGUCUAUAUGAGAUCAACACGGAUGCAUAUGUUGCUCCGGCCGGAUGCACUUCAACCAUUGGUGAUUGCUCGGAAUUUUAAUGGUGAUAUCAUCGCUUCCAAGAAAUGAAAUGAAAUUUCAGUGAAUAUAAAUCCAAAACUUCAAACUGCAUUUUUUAGUAAUUCAAACGUUCGUACGAAUCAUUUCAUUCAAUUGUUUAAUGUCAAUGCAAUCUUCUCCUUAUGUUAAAUAUAAUUUUUAACCGGUCCGUCCAAACGGCAAGACACGACGACGGUCAAUAACAGAAAAAUGAAAAUACUCUUGCCUCGGUUUUCAUUUAAAUUUCAUUUUUUAAUUGCUCACAAUCAUUUCGUCAAAUAGAAUUGAUAUAAAAAAAAGAAGAAUGUAAUAUUAUAAGUGUUCAUGCAAAAAUAAAAACGAGAGACUCACUGUUGAAUAGAAAAUAAGAUAUGACAAGUAGAGAAUCUACGAUACGUUUAAAAAACUCAUCAAUUACGAAAUAUAUAGGUUUUUUUUUU